UAGGUUAGGUUUAUUCUCAGAUUCUCGUUCUCUGCUGCUCUGCUCCUCCUUGAAUUUCUCUCCUUACUCAAAAUUGCCGAAAUAAUAAAGAGGAUAAUGCUGCUUUAUCUCUCUAAUUGAAGCAAUUUGUUGAAGAUUGAUAAGAGCCAACGUUGAGAACGGAGGCAAUAGUAAUCUGCUUUCUGCAGCUUGAGAAUGAGCUUCAAUCGCCGAUCGUUGUUAUAAAAGCAUUAUUGCAAGAAGAUAUCAAAAACUGUAUAAUAAAAUACAGUUAUCAGACAAAGAUGAUUCGAAAUUGUAGUAUAGUAGUGGUAGGAGCUGGAGCCGCAGGAAUGGCUGCCACUGCCAAACUGCUUUCUUCAGGAUUUUCAAAUGUUACAGUCCUAGAAGCCUCAUCUAGAAUUGGUGGAAGAAUCAAAUCUAUUCCAUUUGGGCCGUACACAAUAGACAUGGGCGCGCAAUGGGUGCACGGCGAGAAGGACAACAUAGUGUAUGAGAUGGCGAGUGAGGCGGAUGCGGUGGCCGGGUCCGAGUUCAGUGUGGUGGAAAUGCUGUGCGCCAACUCCAGUGGCCACAUUGUCGACAUGCAGCUCAGUCGCGCCGUCUACACUGUCUUCUACAGGAUUCAUGAGCAGUUCGGCGACGAGAAGAAUCUGAGCGGCAGUUUCGGAGACUAUUUCAUCGCGAAAUUCAACGUGGAGCUGGCCAAAGACAACAUAGUGUUAUCGGAUGAACUGAAGCAGAGCUUCAUUGCGAACUUGGAGCAGUUCGAGAACUCGGUUGACGCGGCCGAUUCGUGGUUCGAGACGUCGGCACCCGGCCUGCAGCAGUACGAGGAAUGCGACGGAAAUCCUCUGGUCAGGUGGAAGUCGGGAGGCUAUAACAGUGUCUUCAAACUCAUCGAUGACAAUUUCGGCCUGAAAGGAGUGCCAUCAUCCAGCAAAGUGCAGUUUGGCAAAGAGGUGACCUCAAUUGAAUGGGAUCAAGAUAAGGGUCGUUCUGAAGGCCAUUCGGUGACCUUGAGAUGCUCGGACGGCAGUCAGCUGACAGCUGAUCACGUGAUUGUGGCUGUGUCAUUGGGCGUUCUCAAGCACACGGCUGCAUCAGUGUUCAAACCGGAGCUGCCUUCCUACAAGCAGAUUGCUAUAAAGGCGCUGGGAUUUGGAACAGUGAACAAAAUUUUCUUGAGGUUUCCAAAUCGUUGGUGGCCAGAAGAGUUGAAAGGUUUCAAUUUGCUUUGGACUUCACAGGACAGAGAAUCACAAGAGUAUGAAAAGAGAAACCUUGCCUGGGCGAAAGAUGUCUUCGGUUUUUUCGUGGUUGAUGAACUUCCUGAUAUGCUCUGUGGUUGGAUUGUGGGAAAAUCAGCUCGGGAAAUGGAAAAAGAAACCGAUCAGACUGUGUUGGAUGUUUCCUAUGAACUGCUGACAAGGUUUUUCGGCAAAAAGUUCGACAUUCCUAAGCCGACCGCUAUUUCCAGGUCACAGUGGUACUCAAAUCCGUUCACCAGAGGUUCAUACAGUUUUCGUACAGUUGACAGUCAAAAUGUGAACGCCUCGGCAGCUCAACUGUCUCAACCAGUCGUUAAUAAGCUAGGAAAACAGGUGCUAUUUUUCGCCGGUGAAGCGACUCAUCCAUAUUUUUAUUCCACGGUUCAUGGAGCUCUCGAGACUGGACUCAGAGAGGCUAAUAGACUUGCAUCCAUCUAUUCAUUUGGUGAAAACCCAUCAGAAGUGAAAUCAGUUGUGGUGGUGGGAGCUGGUAUAGCUGGAUUGGCAGCUUGCAGAACACUCCUAGAUCAUGGCAUCACCGAUAUUGUUCUUCUAGAAGGUCAAAAUCGCCCUGGAGGUCGGAUAAUGUCGGUACCAAUACAAGAUGGCGAUGGUGGUUGGGCUGAGUUGGGUGCUCAGUGGAUCCAUGGCGAGCAGAAUGCAGUCCAUGCCUUGGCCAGAGACGGCCAUCUUUUGUCCGACCACGUCUCGGCUGAAGGAUUAGGCAAAUAUCUGUACGACGAUGGCACGGAAAUCGAGCAGGCAGUGGUGCAUGAAGUGGAAGGGGUGGUGGGUGACAUCCUGGAGCACUGUGAGCAGUUCUGGUGUGACCGCGAGAGUGUGUCACCGCCACCCGAAUCAGUGGGUCACUAUCUGUGCCACAGGUUCCACCAGUACCUGGACGAGUGCCACGAUUCGCCCCAGCUGCGGCAGAUCAAAAUGGAUUUGUUUGAUUGGCAUAUCAGGUUUCAGGUGAUCGACAACUCAUGUGACGAUCUGCACGAUCUUUCGGCCAAAUUCUGGGGCUGCUACAAGUUCAGUGGCGGUCGCGACUAUGUCAACUUCAUCAAUGGAUACUCGACCCUUAUUGACAAACUUGUCGGAGAUUUGCCAGCUGAUGUGUUGAGACUCAACUCUGCUGUCGAUAAAAUCCAUUCGUCAGAAAAUUACAGAAAUUGUCUCAUUCAACAAGAAAGUUUGAGGGAAGAGAAUGGAAACAGAGUAGAAAGUGUUGGAAGUUUAAUUGGAGCUGUGGAGAAGAUUAUUGUAGAUAUUACUGAAAAUGAUAGAAAGUGUAUUGCUCAACAAGGAAGUGAUGUUAGUGUGAGAGAAAAGGAUGGGAGUAGAGUAGGAAAUUGUGAAAAUGGGGUAGGAAGUAGUGGGAGGUAUAUAGGAAAUGUAGAAAAUGAAAUUAACAGUGAUGUAAAUGGGUCGGAAAAUGGAGAAAAUAAGACAGAAAGGGAUGUGAGUGAAAUGGGAAAUGGAGAGGAUAGAGAAGGAACUGGUGGGAAUAAGAUAGGAAUUGAAGAUAGAUUAAAAGAUGAUGAGAGUGUUAGGAAAAAUAAAGGAAAUAUUAUAAGGAGAGAUGAAAAAGUUGAAGAAAGUGGAACAUCGAUUAUUGAUGAAAGUAAGUUAAAGAAUGGAGAAGGUAGAAUAGAAAAUGACGAAAUUUUGAUAAACAAUGGAGAAAUCACAAUAGAAAGUGGAAGUAUGAUAAACAUCGAAGAGAAUGGAGUAAAAAAUGUUGAAAGUAUGGUACAAAAUUUAGAAAUUAGUAUAAAAAACUAUAAGAAUGGAAUUGAAAGUGAUGGAAGUGUGAUAAAAGUAGGAGAAAGUAACAUUGAAUGUGAAGAGCGUGUAAUAGAAAAUGAUGGAAUUGGAACAAAAUACUAUGAAAGUGUGUUACUAAACGAAGAAAGUAUAGUUGAAUGUGACGGAAGUGCCAUAAAAAAUGUAGGAAAUUAUGUUAGUAGAAUAGAAAAUUAUAAAGGUGAUAAUAGGACUAUGUGGCCUAUCAGUGUAAUUUGUGAAAACAAUGUGCAAUAUAGGACUAGUCAUGUGAUUGUUACGUCUUCGUUGGGUUAUUUGAAGAGAAAUCAUGAGAGUCUAUUUUCGCCGUCGUUGCCUAAAGGUUUAGUAAAGGCUAUAGAAACAAUGGGAUUCAAUGUGAUAAAUAAAAUAUUUCUCAUCUACAAAGAGCCCUGGUGGAGCAAAGACGAGAAAGGAUUUCAGAUUAUGUGGAGAGGAAAGCAGAACUGCAGUUUGAAUCACAAAGAGUAUUGGAUGAGAAGCCUGACUGGCUUCGACGUGUUGUCCAACUUUGACAACGUGCUGCUGGGCUGGGUGGGGGGAAGGGGGGCCGUUGAGAUGGAGGCCCUCUCUGAGGAGGAGAUCAGUCUCCACUGCACCAGUCUGCUGGCUAGGUUGACGCGGAGGAGUGACCUGCCCAAACCUGCUCAAGUUAUCAGAUCACAGUGGCACAGCAAUAGAUUCGUAUGCGGUGGAUACAGUCACACGACAAGUCGGUGCGACCAAACCUGUGGGCCUGAAUCUCUACAAGCUCCGGUUUUUGUUGAAUCUGCACUAUCAAGUCAGCAUCCAGCUAUUCUUCUAGCCGGUGAAGCUACCCAUGAAGAGUACUUCUCGACAACUCAUGGUGCUUAUGAGAGUGGAGUGAGACAGGCGUACAAAAUUAUAGCUUUUAUCAAUGAAAACAAAAACAUUUAAUCAUUAGAUUUCUCAAACAGAAUUUUCUUCAUUCCAUCAAUGAAAAUUAUAUGAAUGGGAAGAAGGUAUUUAACAAUAUUCAUUUUCAGUUAACUUUCUCCUCAAGGAAAUUAUAGGUGCAAUACAGUAAAAGGUUAAAGUAACUGUAUGUCAUUCAAUGGAAAAGUAAUUAACGAUUGUACAAUUGAUUUCAUUGAGGUGUUUUAUUGGAAGUGAGGUGUAUUGAUAAAAACAAUGUUUUGUCUUAGAAGUUAAUUGGUGCAAUUUGCUAUACAAAAAAAGGUGAAACCAAUGCACCUAGUAUCCUUGGUACAUUGGAUGGAACCAUUUUACAAGUUAUUUCAUUCAUGGGUAGAAGCAUUCAGCUAAUAUUAUAAUAUUAAUAUUAAAAUGUUAAUAUUAUUUAAAAUAAUUCUAAUAUUAUGAAUGUCUGAUACCAGUUGAUCAUCAACUAACUCCAAUCAUGGAAUAAUGAAAACACCACUCUUUUUUACAUGACUCAAAUUGAUAAUUUAUAUUGAAUCAGGUACAGUAGGUACUAUGCGGGAAGAGUAAUCCCAUUUCACAAGCUAUUUAAUUGGUUGGAUAGGUCAAAUUAAUGAUCUCCACUCUCCAGUUGAUGUCAGCAAAGAAAUUACAAUUAUUAUUUUAAAUUUUAGAUUUGGGGUUUGAAUAUUCUGAGUUGUGAUAAAAAUUAGAUUAUAUUAUUUAGAACCAUGACCAAUCUAUAGAUGAACACUAUAGGUAACCAUGGUAGAACUCUUUUAACAAUCAAGACAUAUCAUAAUAGCAAAAAUUUACUUAUAUAAUCCAUUUUAUAUAUUGUAAUAUAAUAAAAUAAAAUUAUAGCCUACUUCUAUUUAUAUUGAAAAUUAAACCAAACUAAACAUCAGUAACAGGACCAUCGUUUCAGUUGAUCUAAUUCUUCUUAAUAUACGAGAACUUUGAUAAAAUGAGAUUUUUAUGUUGAUUUCAAUUUCCUAAAAUGUGAGUGCAUUUUGUUGGUUUUCUACAUUACCAUUGGCUAAAUUAAGGAAGAACAACAACAUUAACAAAUAAUGUUCUGAAAACAAUCAAUUUAUUCUAUUCCUAUUGUUAUCUACCGCAUUAUUGGGAUGUUGUUUUGAAAAUCAAAAACUUUGAAAGUUA